AUGUUUGAUGUAUCAGAUGUUGAACUUUAUUGUGAAGGGCCUGAUUUUAGUUUUUAUGUAAAACCUUAUUAUUUAAGGCUUCAUUUUCCUGGUAAUUUAGUUGAUGAUGAUCGUGUUAAUGCAUCUUAUGAUAUUUCAUCUGGUGAGAUGAAUAUAAAAAUACCAAAAGAAACUCCUGGAGAAGAAUUUUCAGACUUAGAUUUGUUAACGAAACUUUUAGCUCCAAAAAGUGUUAAAAAAGUUCCUGAAAAGCCUUUAAUUGAGAUCAUCGAUGAUAACAAUGAUGAGAAUAAUAAUCAGGAAAAUGAUAAUGAAUUGGAAGAAUUAUUUGGAAAAGAGGAUGAUAGACAAAAAUCUUAUAAAAAUAACAAUGAUUUUUUGAUAAGAGAGUUAAAUAAUGAUGUUAACAAUGAGGUUAAUGAUGUCAAUGAUGUCAAUGAUGUUAAUGUUAAUGAUGUUAAUGAUAAUAAACCUUUAAUUCAAGAGUUAUUUGAUGGAAAAAUUAAUGAUGAUAAAGAAGCUAAAAGAUUAUAUAAAUUAUUAGAGGAAGCUGAUGCUUAUAAUUGGGAAUUACCACAACAAAUUCCCAAUGAAAAAGAAUUAUUACCUAUAGCAAAAUAUGGUUUUAAUAAACUUUAUUCUGGAUAUUUCAUGCACAUACAAGAAACAUGUAAUGAAAUUAUAGACAUAACAGAUCCAGAACGUUCUACACCAGAAUCGCGUCGUCAAGAUCGAAUUAAUGCUGAAAAUAGCAAAUUUGAUCCGGACCAUUAUAUAGCAGAUUUUAUGUGUGCUGAAGAGAUUAAAAAUCUUAUUAAAUCAAAGAAUGUUUGGUGGAAGAGAUCAUCUGAUCUCAAUUUCACUGAAGAAGAAAACACAAUUAUGCGAAAUUUGACAAAUAAGCAAUAUUUAAUCGAAAAUGUAGGAUCAAUUUAUUAUGGAUUGAUAGAUUUAUUAUUUGCUUAUAGUUAUAAUUAUAGAGUAUUUGAAGGAGAAAAUACUGUUGAAUCACCAUGGAUGAUAGGCAAAAUAAGUCCAACAAUAUCUUGUCUUGAACAAUUCAACAGUAUAGAAGAGACGAUGAAAGCAUUAUAUCGUCGUUCAUUAGCCUACCCUUGGUAUAGAAAUUAUAAGCUUGCAAAAAAGUGCCAAGAGGAUGUUUAUGAUCUGUUAAAACUAGGAAAACGUGCAAUAUUAAAAGUUUUACUAGAAUUAAAAGAUUUAUUUGAUCAUCAUGACAUUUAUUAUGUGUAUUCAAAAAUUUGGUUAGAUGAUUAUUGUAUAUGGUGUCAAACUAAAGCCAGUGACAAGAUUAUUCGUUCUUUGGCACACAAAUUACAUCAUCAUAAAGUAUUGAAAUCGGAUACUGGAUGGCAUUUAGAGGAAUAUGAGCAUUUAGCAUUAGAGGAUGCACAAGAAAAACAAGCAAUGGAUUUAAAUUCAUAA